CUUAGAAGUUAUAAUAUGAUCCUCCCCUCCGCCCCCACUUCUCAGCAUAAACAAAUCAAAUGCUUAAUAAAAAACUACCCAAAGUUCGAUUUCCCUGUGCAUAACAUCAUGGCCCAGUAGCUGUUCUCGGAUCCGGAGAUUCUGGGUUUUUUUUUUAAACUCACAUAUAUAUAUAUAUAUAUAUGUAUAUGUAUCUUUUAUUUGAACAUUGCACUAGUUCACAAGACAUGUUUUGGUUCCUUACAGUUGCUCCUCCCUAGGUUCAAACUUUUCUCCCCUGUUUUGCGUGUCAUUGGAGUUCGUAGCGUUGUUGUGAUGACUGUAAAUCCAUGGACCCCCUUCUUCCUCUGCUUCUCUCUUUCACUUCUUCAUCAUUCUUUUGUAGCUUUUGCCGUAAACUCGCAAGGAGAAGCUCUUCUUUCAUGGAAGAGAACCCUCAAGGGAUCCCUGGAGCUGUUGAGCAAUUGGAACCCAAAUGACAAUACACCAUGUGACUGGUUUGGAGUUAACUGUAACUCCAACGACGAGGUUGUGAAAUUGGAUCUGAGGUAUGUGGAUUUGGUUGGGACACUUCCUUCUAAUUUCACCUCAUUGCUUUCCCUGAACGAGCUAGUCCUCACGGGAACGAACAUUACCGGUUCAAUUCCGAAAGAAAUAAGCACUCUUAGCGAGCUCGACUACUUGGACUUGAGCCACAAUGCCUUGACGGGUGAAAUCCCAAGUGAACUCUUCUUCUUGACAAAGCUUAAGCAACUCCAUCUGAACUCAAACCAGCUCGUUGGUUCAAUUCCGGAUGCAAUCGGGAACCUCACAGAGUUGACGCGGCUGGUUUUAUAUGACAAUCAACUAGGUGGUGAAAUUCCCAGAACCAUUGGUAACUUGGGGAACCUGCAAGUGAUCAGAGCUGGAGGAAACAAGAACCUUCAAGGCAUCUUGCCCCCCGAAAUUGGCAAUUGUACCAAUUUGGUCAUGUUGGGUUUGGCUGAAACUAGUAUCUCAGGUUUUCUUCCUCCGACUCUUGGCCUUCUUAAGAAGCUUGACACUCUUGCAAUCUACACUUCACUUCUCUCUGGCCAAAUUCCUCCCGAACUCGGAGAUUGCAAUGAGCUUCAGAACAUUUAUCUGUACGAGAAUUCUCUCUCAGGAUCCAUACCAAGUAGACUGGGCAAUCUUAGAAACCUCAAAAAUCUUCUACUGUGGCAAAACAAUCUCGUUGGCAGCAUCCCACCAGAGAUUGGAAAUUGCUACCAGUUAUCCGUCAUUGACAUUUCAAUGAACUCGCUUGUUGGAAGCAUUCCCAAAAGUUUUGGAAAUUUGACGCUGCUAGAGGAACUUCAACUCAGCGUCAAUCAGAUUUCGGGUCAGAUCCCAACAGAGUUGGGGAACUGUCUGCUACUCUCUCACAUUGAGCUGGACAACAAUCUAAUCACGGGUACAAUACCUUCUGAAUUUGGGAGCCUUAAGAAUCUAACUUUGUUGUUCUUGUGGCACAACAAGCUCGAAGGAACUAUACCAUCUUCGCUUUCGAGUUGUCAAAAUCUGGAAGCAGUGGAUCUGUCACAGAAUGGAUUGACCGGUUCCAUACCGAAGGGGAUAUUCCUGCUCAAGAAUCUGAACAAGCUUUUACUGCUGUCUAACAAUCUCUCCGGGAAUAUAGCCCCUGAUAUUGGGAACUGCACGUCUCUGAUUCGGUUCCGAGCCAGCAACAAUAAAAUCACAGGGACCAUUCCACCAAAUAUUGGAAAUCUGAAGAACUUGAAUUUCUUGGAUCUUGCAAGCAAUCGCAUUUCAGGAGUUAUUCCAGAAGAGCUCUCAGGCAGUCGGAAUCUUGCAUUUCUGGACUUCCAUUCCAACUUGAUAUCAGGAAGCUUGCCGGAAAGUCUCAGCCAGCUGGUCUCGCUCCAAUUUAUUGAUGUCUCCGAUAACAUGAUUGAAGGUAAACUAAGCCCAAGUCUUGGAAAGCUCGGCGCACUCACCAAGCUCAUCCUCAGAAAAAAUCAUAUCUCCGGGUCAAUUCCCAGUGAAUUUGGUUCAUGUGCGAAGCUGCAAUUAUUGGACCUCAGUAGCAAUGAACUCUCAGGCAAAAUCCCGGGUAGUCUAGGUAACAUUCCAGCGCUCGAAAUCACAAUGAACCUCAGCUGGAAUAAGUUCAGUGGCGAGAUCCCGAGGGAGUUUUCUGCAUUGAGCAAACUUGGAAUUUUGGACAUAUCGCACAACAAUCUCACCGGUGGCCUCCAGUAUCUCGAGGACCUCCAAAAUCUUGUGGUCCUCAACGUCUCAUUCAACAAUCUCUCGGGUCGCAUGCCAGACAAGCCUUUCUUCUCAAAGCUUCCUCUCAGUGUCCUCGAUGGGAACCCAUCGCUCUGCUUCCCUGGCAACCGAUGCCCAGGAGAUGUUUCAGAACGAUCAAUUCGGCGGACAAAGGCGGCGCGUGUAGCCAUGGUGGUACUUCUGUGCACUGCGUGCUUGCUUUUCCUCACAGCCUUGUACGUCGUCGUUGCCGCGAAAAGACGUGGGUUCCCGGAGGACGGUCUGGACCUCAACGUUGGGGAUAGCGACGUGGAGAUGGGCCCACCCUGGGAGGUGACACUCUAUCAGAAGCUCGACCUGUCAAUCUAUGACGUGGCAAGAUGCCUGACAGUUGGCAACGUAAUCGGGCGCGGACGAUCCGGCGUUGUUUAUAGAGUAGACCUCCCGUCGGGAUUAACCAUCGCCGCGAAAAGAUACAGAUUAUCAGAGAAAUUCGCAGCCUCCGCAUUCUCCUCCGAGAUUGCCACGCUGGCAAGAAUACGGCACCGGAAUAUUGUACGGCUACUCGGUUGGGCGGCGAACCGAAAAACCAAAUUACUGUUGUAUGAUUAUUUACCUAAUGGUAAUCUAGAUACGCUCCUGCACGAGGGUUGCACAGGAUCAGUGGAGUGGGAGACACGGUUCAGGAUAGCACUGGGGGUGGCUGAAGGCUUGGCUUAUCUGCACCAUGACUGCGUGCCGGCUAUCUUGCACCGGGACGUCAAGGCGCAGAACAUUUUGUUGGGAGACACAUACGAACCGUGUUUGGCAGAUUUUGGAUUUGCGAGAAUGGUGGAUGAUGACGAUCACAGUCCGUUUUCCGUUAAUCCACAGUUCGCGGGUUCUUACGGCUACAUUGCGCCGGAAUAUGGAUGCAUGGUGAGGAUUAGAGAGAAGAGCGAUGUGUACAGCUUCGGAGUGGUGCUGUUGGAGAUAAUAACGGGGAAAAGGCCGGUGGACGCAUCAUUUGCGGAGGAGGGGCAGCACGUGGUUGGGUGGGUGAGGCAGAGGCUGAAGAGCAAGGGGGACCCGGUGGAGAUUGUGGAUUCUAAGCUGCGGGGGCUUCCAGACACUCAAAUCCAAGAGAUGCUUCAAGCUGUGGGCAUUGGUCUCUUGUGUAGCAGUCAGCGUCCCGAGGAUCGCCCCACUAUGAAGGAUGUCACGGCAUUAUUGAGAGAGAUCAGACACUGCGAUCCUCAUGAUCAUCACCCCCACAAGCCUACUGCUUUUGCCGAUUCCCUUUCCCCGAAAACGACGCCUCACCCCUCGUCGUUUUAUUAUUCCUCAUCCUCCAACUUGUCGUUUCCUCCGCCCCCUCCUCACUUGCUCCUGCUUCACUCCUCUUCCCAUUCUUCAUCCAACUUCCCCGCUUAUUCUUCUUCUUCUCUUGCCGCUUACCACCCCCAACCUCCCACGAAUAAAUAAUCAUUAAUGUAUUGUUACUAAUAUAUAUAUAUAUAUAUAUAUAUAUUAGAAUUGUAAAGCUUCAUUCCAUUAUUUCUUAUGGAUGCUUGGCUUCAUGAGUGUACAGAAACUUAAUUAGUAGUUGUCGUUAUUAUUCCA